AUUUUUGUUUAUUUCUUAUCCAAAAAAUCCAUCAAAAUGCAAAAGGUUCGCCAACUUUGAGGGCUUCUGCUUUAUUUCUUGCUUGAUAACUGGAACAUGAAUUGGAACCUUAACAGCAUGCGUUUCUGGAACAUAAACGUCCUUGUGGACGACCUCUUCCACUGGAACUUCCUUGACCACCUUAACUACCUUGACGUGUGGGAUUUCUUGGACGACAGGCACUUCUCGAAUUAGUUCAACCUCUCUUAUGACUGGAACCGGCACCUCCACACGCUUGUGGACAACUUUUUCCACGGGCACUUCUCGUACAACUUCUACAUCACGAAACACUUUCACCUCGUGCUCAACUGGCACUUUUUUGAUGUAGGGAACUUCAUGAAAGUGCGGUACGGUGUGCUCUACGGCAACUUGUUUGAUGACGGGUACUUUGACUUCUCGCACUGGAGACACUACGUUUUCCACAUGUUUUAUAUCCAGCACCGGGACCUUGAUAGGAACUUUGACGUCGACCGGAACAAUAUUUGCCUCGCAGACUAGCACGAAAAUGCCUACUAGUGCGAUCUGAAACAAUCAAGGACACGUUAAUAUUAGGCUACUGAUUUUUAGUUCAAAAAUACCUACAAUUCUCAUUAUGAAUAGGGGAUUGUGUGCUGGCUCGAUGAAAUACUUCUCGUUAACUGAUGUCCGAUGCGACCUGUAAGGGUAUUAUAUAGCGACACGGUGAAUUGCAAAACGAUUCUACCUGACAUAGAAGAGGUUCGGUGCUGCUUUCACUUGUACUGGUUUAUGGAAACCUAAAUUUAAAGGGCCGCAUUAGGACGUAUGCUUACUUAUAAAGAUGUAAGACAUUCCACAGUUCAGGUAUGCGGUUGCAAAUUGUAGUUAGCUAUUUAUUGCGAGCGCAAAUGUUAUGUUUCGAGUUUGACAAGGUGAACGGAAAACCCUUUAACUCGCAUUAAGCACAACACGGAGGAGUUAGUGAAUAUGGUUUCUUUUAUCAAUAGGAUGACUAAAUGGGAUUUCGUUUGUUCUGCAUUAUUUCAACUGGGAAAUGAAUUAAAACAAUGAGUGUUACAUUUGACCUAAUAAAUUAAGUUUGCAAAUCCAUCUUCAAUAAUUGUCAGAUAUGACUGUGGAACUUCCCAGAUUGGAUGGUUGUUUUGUUCUGAGCUUUUCGGUAUAUGCAAUACUAUAUAUGUAUCGGAAACUAAUUUUUUCGUUGUCACAUAAAAAAAUGAAUUGGAUUAAAUGUGGUUAUGUUUUUUCAAUUUCCUUAAGUUAUUGUAUUUAGCAAAAGAUUUUACAUAAACAAUUUCACAUUUUAUCAUUAAAAUAGUGAUGGGUUUUUUCUUGUUAUCGCAACAUAAUUGAAUAUUUCUUGCAGAAAUCAGGCUACUGUUUGUACAAGAUCCUUGAAACUUGGAUUCAAUUUGCUUAGAUGGUUGAAAAUUUAAAAAAGUAGGUUUUCGUUACAAAUUUUCACAAACAAACAAUUGACUUCCGAUAAGUUAAGGAUUGUUCGGGGCACCAAAUGGGACCAAAAAGCUUGGUUCUGGAAAAUCACUCUGCCCCACUCUUAUAUACAUACAUUAUUCUAUAUUUUUUGGCUUUAGAUGGGUCAGUUAUAAAACAAGAUGUGAAAGGAUUAGCGCAAAACAAUGAUUGAGACGGGCAUAUCGUAUAAAACAAUGGCCCCUAACAAGUUUCUGUAUGUUAGGGGCCAUUCACAUACCAGGUGGACAGAUUUUGAACGGUUUUGAUUCCCCCCUCCGUGGACAACUGCUCACAUAACUUCAAAAAAAAUUGUAUGGACCGUGGACAUUAGACGUACCGAAUAAACCCGAAGACCUGUACCUACGAUAAAUUACUUUGGUACUUCUGAGAUAGUUUUGGAAGAUAGUCAAGUAUUCUGGUUACAUGUCCAGCCCACUGAAGCCUGUCACGCUAUAUUAUCUUCACUGUAACAUUGAUUCAUCUUUCAUUUUUUUCAGUUUGAGCUUUAGGGCCACAUCUGUGUUGACUAGUGUUGUUUUACCGAUUUUAUAUAUAUUUUUGAACAUUCAGACAACAUAUGACUAUAGUUCAUGAAAUUGUCGGAAUCUAAAAUGUUUUUUCGAAACCGGUUGUCUUGGAAAUGCAUAAAACUUUGAGAUCUUGUGUUGACGGUCGACUUUCUGGAAGAGCUUUCCACUCAAAAAUUUUCGGACUCCCAAAGGUUGAUAUUUUUUAAGAAGGGUAAAGAUAACACCAGAUCUCGACAAUUUAUGCAUUUCAUUCGGCAUCCAAUUUUUUUUUCGAUUUCGAAAAUUGUAUGCUUUUUUCAUUAGUUAAAAAUAUGAAACUUUGACUGCUUUGAGGCACGACUCCCCAAAGUCCGAUUGCAAACGCUAAGUUAAUCUUUUAGGCGUUUGCCAGGAAUUUGUAAUACGAAUAUCCUCUUUCUUACGUACGGAGAAAAUGACGGCCUCUCGGAGUCACCCCUGCUAGAUUGAUUUUGUUAAACAAAUUCCUUUUGAACCUUACCUACUGAAACUCCGGAGAGAAACAAUUCCUUUUUUCUAUAGGGUGUGGGACUAGUUCGUCAGGGGUUUUCUUCGUCAUAAUUUUUGCUUCAUCCUUAUGAGAAAUAUAUGACGAAGAAACCCCUGCCGAAGUAGUCCAACACCCUAGUUACCAAGAAGGAGAACUUUAUCGCUACUUCAUUUCCGUAGCCUACUCAGUUUGCUACUAUGUGACCGUCGUUACUUCUCCCACGGGAUACAGAGUGCCUAGUAUCAGCACUUUGUUCCGACGACCGGAACAAAUGUACCGGAAAAAUGUACUAUUUGAGACUUCGCAACGAAACGUUGCAUCGAAUGUCUGCCUGUUUAUGGAAAUGGAAUUUCGCGGUUAUACCGAGUCCUGGUAACGAGGCUACUGCACGAUUGAGCUGGAAUUUUUCAUGGGAACUUUUUUCGAGAAGUCUAAACUUUUGAGAUCUACCGUGAACGCAAUUCGAAAAGUCGAUUUUUAUUAGCACGCUACUGUUUAUGUCAUGCGAUAAACACCAAUUCGAAUAUAAUUCUCGAAAUGACCAACGAUUGAACUAAGCAACAGUUUAUUUAAACAGCACGGGCGUUGCACGGUAACGACAUUGCUAGUUAUAGCAGGAAAACACCGAAUCUUCUCCGUUGUUCCCUUUUAUUUACUUUCUGCGGUAUUCUCCCUUACUCAUAUCUCUGUUCCCCAAUCAGGGUAAGGAACGGGUUAAGCAGUGACGCCUAUUUUAAUCAGUCGUAGAAAACAGGCCUCAAACUCCUGAAUUUUGAUCAGCAUUGACAAUUUUAGUAACGAGAACAAAGACUCUGAUUAAAUAGCUCUCUUACGAGCAUAUAAAAUACCACACAACGCCGAAAAAUCUUUGAAUAAACAUCAUUCCAAAGAAAUCAACCGAAAUUUUAGCCAUUUAGUCGCCAUUUUGGUGCUGAAGAAAAUCCCUGCAAAACAGAUGCAAAUUGCUUAAAAUAGGUUUAGGGUAACCGAAAUAGUGUCCUUCGAUUGGGAACUUCAAUUGAUUAUUGUUAAAAUUUGCUAAAUCAGUUUUAUAACCUGAAAACAAGUGCUGAUAGAAAGAAAGAUAGUUAACAAAUUGACAUACUUAUGUUUGCAUUUCACCUUACACAUUUCGAGUAUUUCGUCUCAACACACAGAAGGCUGCAUGAGGUGCUUAAAAGAUGUUCCUGUUCACUUCUGUUAAGCGACCACGUGUCACAAAACAAAAUACAUAUAUUUUGCAUCUAAACUAUGGACUCUGAAUCAAUUUUUUUUUGUUCACACAACAUUUAUUUGACACGGCACAAUACAAAUUAAUGUUUUACGGAGCCAAUUAAAUCUAAUGCCUUAUGGUCUAGAAUAUCUUAUAAUCUAAAGGCAAAUUCUUUACCCUCGCUGCCGACUACGAGCUGAAACUAAAUCUAAUACUAAAACUAACAUGUUUUUUUUUUUGUUUCGCUGUUAAAUUGACACCUUGAUGCUCUUCAAGUAGCUAUAAACAUGUAGCAUGUAUGGCAAGUUUCGCUGAGCGAGAAUAUCACGAACUGGCACAUAGGGCUGUAUUCCUCGGGCCCUGAGGGUGACUCUGAAUCAAUUCCCACCGUUUAUUAAUGUUGUUUGUUGGCAAUAAUUAGGUUUCUUACAAACACAACAAAUAAAGUUGAAUGGUCGUUAACUGUGAACCUUCAGGAACGAGUGGAAUUAAAAAAAGUCAAGAACACAAACUGUGGACAAACACAGCUAUUUGGUGACAAUUCGAUGCUGCUGGUGGAAAUUUCUUCCAGCUAGUUUUUCUCUGAUAACUCCCGCGUUAAAACACCGUAUUUAACUACGGUUAAAAACACAUUUUUUGCUAGCUAGGUGCCUCGCGGAUUGCAGGAAACUCUCGCCUCACAAUGAAUUUUUCACUUCGUUGAUUUCUUCAAAAUCCGCUAAAAAUUUUCAAAGAAACAAAUUCAUCCUACUCAUCACUACUAAAUGAGAUGAGAAACUUGACUCAAAGAAUUUGUGUUUACGUGUGUGAAAUCGUUGCCAACAAGCCAACAAAUUAAGAAUACGCUUUUCCCAAACAAAAACAAUGGAAAAUGAAAUAAGAGCAAAGUUUGGUACAUUAAGGGAUUCUCGAUCACCAUCUGCCAGAUUGAACGAUUUGUGCAAGUUACACUGGUAAACACAGGUUUCGCCCUAUUGCUCAAACUGAAAAAAAAACGAAAGAUUAUGGCUUUUCAACCAUUCCUGUGAAUUUUGGUGCCCCUAGUGAGAUAACUUUCUCAGAGACUCCAAUGAGUUUUCCCAUAAGCCAUCGUAGAAGCGACGAACCCGGUGAGCAAUUACAAAAAAUUCACAGGGAGGGUUAAAAGCUAUAAUCUUUUUGGGGCAAUUAUUUCGAACUUUAGGGCAAUACUUUUUUCGUUUUUGUCGACCAGUGUUUUUAUCAUAAGAUAAUUCCCAUUUGGUCUCAACAGGAACAUUAUAUGUUUGAAGUUGAAUCAAAAUGAUAUGAUUAGGAUUUAGGUUGCAUUUAUCUAUGAUCUUUGUUACUUACUAACCCUCAAUUUAAAAAGAAAAGAAUACGCGUAGGUUAAUUUCAAGCUUAAUUGCUAAAGUAAAAAUCAUCAUUGAAACUUCAGGUAAAUUACAAUUUUCCUCUUUUUAAUUUUAUAAAUCGACACUUUAUUCUAGUUCUAAUUGAAAACAUAUAAUUUGAAUUGUAAAUUAAUCAUAGGUUUACUAUCCCAAAUUUAAUAUUUACUUCAUUAUACGAUUUACUAAUGAAGCUCCAAAAAACUCUCAUAGUUGUCUCAAAAUAUAAUCGGAAGAAAGCAUUCGGAAAGAGACAGUUAUAAAAUUGUUUACGUAUUCCCUUAUUGUGGUCUUCGUUGUAAGCGUCAUAAUUAACUGUCCACAACGUAAGAAACGGGUUUCUGCAUUUCCUCCUUCCAACGGCAGAUCCGUUCAGUAUUCACGCUUUCAUUCUAUUUAAAUGCCCAUUCAGUCAGUGAUAAGCAUCAAAGCGAUUUUCAACUUCAUAUAAUACAGUUCUGCAACCGAGGGUCGUCAUAAUGAAUGUGUUACUUCUAGUGUGUGCCCUCGCGGGUAUCGCCCACGCGGUUAUCGCCCACUCGCACGUCAAAGAUAUUGCCUUGCCCGUUUUAAAACCAUACAUUGAGAAAGUUCCGGUGCCGCUCGUUAAAGUUGAUUUCACUAAAGGAGAUGAAAUCGUGAAGCAUGUGCCGCAAACUUUUAUCGAAAAAGUUCCGGUUGAGAAGGUGAUCGAUAUCGAAAAACCAGUCGAAGUGCUGCAGCAUGUGCCCGUCACCAAGGAAGUCUUCAUCGAGCGCCCCGUCGAGGUGAUCAAGGAAGUACCAAUUGAGAAGGUUAUUAUCGAUAAGGUUGAGGUUCCAUACGAGGUGAUCAAACACGUGGAAAAAAUUGUCCAUGUGCCCGUCAAGAAGCACGUCGAAGUGAUCAAGCAGGUUGAAGUGAUCAAAGAGAUCCCGUACAAGAAGUACGUUUUCAACCCAGUGCAUACCAAGAUCAACUACCAGGUGCCGCACUUCGUGGAGGUUCCCUACACCGUCUCUGCCGUGCCGGAGAAAAUCAUCGAGAAACCAUAUUUGUCCAAGCUACACGAUCCAAUCGGGCUGGUGAAAAAGUUGUUGCACAAGGAGGGAUAAAUUUUGUUGGUUGGAAUAAAAUUAUUUAUUAACCCAAAGUACUAUGUGUUUGAGUUUUGAUUCCGAAUUUAUGUUGAAAAGACAAGAAGAUGACCAAAUUCUUAGUUUUUAGUAACAAAAUAUUUUUUUCCAGGGGAAUAAUCUUACGCUACUGCGAUAGAAGUUGAAUAGAUCAAAGACAAUUGAAAUUUUUCAGCAAAACUCAUGUUCUUAAUUACGACUUGAUUAUUUAAAAUUCACUGUGUAGCAUAGAACGUUUUUUAUUCAGGCUUGUUUCUACCGUUUUUUAAUUUUUCACGCAAUUUUUCACCCUUGACAAACUGAGUGGAAAGGAAGGAUUCUCAAGUUAAAAUUUCUGGAAUCUUAAAGAUAGUUUAUUGAUUCAAUUCCAAAAAUGAUGCAAAAUUUAUUGAGGUUAACCAUAAAAACGUUGUUAAUGCAAUGUGAAUUUUAUAAUGAAAAAAGUUUAUAGAUUAUUCAGCUAACAAAUUUGACUUUCGUUAGUAUAAAAGUGUUACAAGUCGACUGGCCAAUUUACCACAAAAGGCAGUCCAAUUGCUUUUUCAAGAUUUCCAUAACAUUGGGAUUAAAGAAUACUCCGAUAGUUAUUGUUCCGAAAACCAAGUAAACAAACAGCCAUAGAGACUUUAAGAACCGCAAUCGAUGAAUAAAAGCUGUAAGCAAAGCAAAGACUUGGUGCUACAUUCCGAUUCGGAUGAAAGCCAUAAACUAAAGCUUGAAUUGCAAGCUUUAGAUAUACAAUGUCAAAACUCGAGAUUUUACUAACUUUCUUGGUGAAACAUCCCACAGAAUUUCACCUGUGCACAAUGUUACGCCAACGCAGUCGGUCCAUGGCAGCUUAUCUACAGUUUCUUGUGCGUCCUGCAUUUUCGAGAUCUCGCUCCACUUGUUCCAACCGUCCGUUGCGCGCCUCUACGUCUUGUACGGGCCGGAUUCGAAACGAACACCAUUUUUGCGGUUUUAUUGUCCGGCAUUCCUACAACAUGUCCCGCCCAUUGUACCCUUCCAGCUUUAGCGACUUACUGGAUACUGGGCUGGGUAGAGUUGCGCCAGCUCGUGGAUGAUUCUUCGCCUCCCUACAUCAUUCCCACAUGAUCCGAAGAUGCUACAAGUUCGGGGGCGAAGUUUGCCAGAUCUCAACGUCUUGUGGCGUCCGUAAUUGGGCCCGACUUCCAGCUAUAAUACGGCUGCGGAUUUCGCUGUUGCAGUUGUUGUCUGACGUUACCAAUGAUACACUAGGUAUACAAAUUCGUCAACCACCUCGAACUCAUCUCCGUCGCUACUGCCUAUGCGGGCCCUAUCGCAUUCGGUUCCCCUGCUAGCAGAUACUUGGUUUUCGACGUAUUCACCUUCAAUCCAACCUUUUCUGAUCCACUGGCUGGAUUUAUUGAAGAUCGUGCCCUGCAUGUUGAAGACCGCACGUUUCAUAACACAUGCAGGCGCAAUGUUAAACAUGAGGCAGGAAAGACCGUCGCCUUGUCGAAGUGCUUUGGUUGUUUCAAACGGGUUUGAUAUCGUUCCCGAAAUCUGCACACAGCACCGUACACUAUCCAUCGUUGCCUUAAUCAGUCUUGUUAGUUUCGCAAGGAAGCCAUUUCCGUUCAUAACAUUCCAUAGCUCUACAGGGUCACUAGUGUCGUAAGCGGCCUUGGAAUCGAUGAAUAGGUGGUGCGUGAGGAUUUGGUAUUCGCGACACUUUUGGAGGCUCUGUCGUAGCGUAAAAAUUUGGUCCGUUUUCCGGCUUGAUAACUACCCACAAACCUUCAUGCUAGAGGCGAGAGACGGCGAAAGAUGAUUUGGGACAGAACUUUGUAGGUUGCGUUGAAGAUCGUGAUCGCUCGGUAGUUGUCACAUUCCAACUUGUCGCUUUUCUUGUAUGGGCAUAUUACUCCCUUCUUCCACUCGUCCGGUAGCUGUUCUGUAUCCCAUAUCCUGACUAUCAACUGAUGCAAACAGAAAGCCAACUAAUCCCGGCCCUGCUUGAUGAGCUCCGCUGCGAUGCCAUCCUUUCCAGCUGAUAUGUUGCUCUUGAGCUGCUUGAUAGUAUCCUUAACUUCACUUACCGGGGUAAAGGGAGGGGGAGGGGCGAAUUGUAGUCCACUGUGCUGACGAAGUUGUUCCUCCAACCAUCUUGGUGUUCUGUCUCUGCGCCAUUCAGGUGUUCAUUGUAGAGCUGCUUCCACCUGUCGAUCACCUCACGUUCAUCCGUCAAGAUUCCUCCAUCUUUAUCCCGAUACAUUUCAGCUCGCGGCACAAAACCUGCGUUAGAAUCUACGUGCUUCUUCCUCAAUACUGCCUGUUCAUUUCCUCCCACUUCAGCUCUUCCAGGCGGCGUUUUUUGUCCCAAAAAAUGAAGUAGACUCUACUGCCUUCGUUUCUGUUUGUGUCGAGUCAUGUUAUGACGGACGGGUUCUUUGCUGCAGCUGUAUCAACUUUGGGGACUUUAAAUCGCUCCAGAUCAUACCGUGGCGACGGACGGUAGCGGUGAUCUCCAGGAGUACCGAUAUGGGAGGCUAUGCUGGAAGUAACUACAACGUAUGGCUACGGAGGCAGCAAAGUUCAUGAGUCGAAGGCCGUUUUCGUUCGUGGGCCGGUGUGCCCUGAACAUUCCAAUAAACGGUCUGAAUUUCUCCUCCUUGCCAACCUGGGCGUUGAGAUCUCCGAUAGCGAUUUUUACGUCAUGUGCAUGCUAUCGUAUGCACGGUCCAGUUGCGCGUGAAGGCGUGUUUAUUUGUUAUCAUUCCUACACGCAAAAGUUCAAAGCCUUAAUCAUCCAAUGUGUCCUUUCAAUUCGCACAGAAUUUGCUUUGACUUCGCACAACCAAUGCGUGAUACGCAUAACGCAAAAGUUGUACAAGGAAUACAUUGACAGAGAUCAAAAUCAGAAUAUGUAUCAUAUACACAAAAAUCGUAAUGUCUCGGUAAACUUCGGCUUCGGGCGAACGAUCAGUUUCGAGGCGCUCAAAAAACCGUUUUUUACUUUUGCGAGCCGGUGCGUAUCAACGGCUCGUGCAUCCCUAAAAAUCGUCAGCAACCGAAACAGCCAAUAGCGAGCCUUGUUGCCGUGGAAGUUAUUGACGCUGGUUUCAGUAACGCAGAACCGAAUGCAUGUGAAUUAAACCAGAGUCAUAAUUAAAUGCAAAAUGUUUUGGACUAGUCUCAUGUUUUUGUUUAUUGUUAAUGGUUGAAUGAUGGUUUCAAAUAACCUGAUUCAUGAAAGUGAAUCAAUCAGACAAUAAUUUCUUCAAUGGAGUCAGUACCCAACUUAUCAGUAUUGAUUGCUGGUUGCACUGUUUUAACGAUGCCAACCUUCUGAACAUCGGCUGAUGCUUUAUAAGUGUAGUGGUUUGGAGUAGAGAUGGUCGGGUACGGGUAUUUUUACCCGAAACCCGUCGGGUUACGGGUAACGCCAAGAAAUAUUUCACGGGUUCGGGUCGGGUACGGGUAAUUUAAAAACCAAGGCUUCGGGUUCGGAUCGGGUACGGGUUUGAAAAAUUCUCAAUUGGUCGGGUACGGGUCGGGU